AUGCCAAAAGCUUAUUUAGAGAACCCCAACUUCGGACAAAGGCAAGAUUCUGAAUCGGAACAACAAGGAACGGGGGUUGCACCUUUCAAAUUGCAAAAUGGAGCUUUUGUCAAUGGGAAGUUAGAAAAUGCUAGCGGCAAAAGAGAGCACCGCAGAAGAAAUCUUUUGAAGACGAAAUUAAGUGCUUUGUGGAAUAGUAAAUUUGAACAACAUGAAAUCGAAACCACAAAGCCAGAGGACGCCAAUCAUAAGAGACAUCACAUCAGAUUCUGGAAAAAUAGAUUCAAAGACCAAAGAAGUGACAGGAGUCAAGGUGACCAUAAAAAUACACUUUCCAACACAGAGUCUUCGUCGCCUAUAUCGAAUCACAAUAUCUUCGAUACAAGCGCGCUCCUCUUUUCACGGACUUCAACUGAGCGUUCGGAACAGGAUUUGGAGUCCCUCAUCAACGAAACUUGUACUGUAAUUUUCAGGCCGAUCGACGGAAACGACGAACAUGAUCUAUGCUCAUGUAUAGUUGACGACCAUUGCAGCUUCAGGUAUUCGCCCAGCCCCACGGCACCGCUCAACAUAUUCGGACCACACUCAAGAUCAGCCUCUGAGGCAGCCUCUGGAACAUGCAUUCAGCAUGAAGAGAGCUGUCACGAGAGUUUUUCAUUCGCACUCACUCCUACAGCAACUAUGGGGAUGGGGAUGGGGGUAGUCGGCGUGCCGGAGUCCCCUGUCACAACCGACAGCGCUAGUCGGCUAAGUCUACGCAACUCAGCUGAUUCAGCCCUUCAUGGGGCAGACUCUUUGACACCAGUCGUGCGCAGCCCUACUACGUACAGCCCAGUAGACACAAGAUCCCUGGAUGACGUGGGAACUGCUAGGGAUGUUGAUGUUAUGGAGGAAGACAGAUGGAUUGUCAGCAGCCUGAAAGAGUAUUGUUCUACUCGUCUUUUCGGAAAAAGUCAAAGGACGAACAGAGACGUCGGUGACUUUCAUUCGAUACCUAAAACUCUUGCUGGUCAAGAAUCCAAUCCAUUUGAUGCAAAACUGUUGACCAGUUCCAGCAGAUCGGGUGGAUCAUUCUUCCACGGAUGGCGUCAUUUCAAAGACGGAUAG